UCAGAGGUCACCGACACACCUGAAGGAAUGAAAAGCUUAGUCGCUGGGCGAAGUGAACAUGACAGAAGAGGCUAACUGUCGUGUUUUGGUAUCCUGUAAAGCGUUGUGUCAUUUAUAGGACCGUUCAGAUUCCCCGUAUGCGAUACGGGCUGACAGAAUGACAGGAAGACGGAUAAUUUUAUUAACUCUGUUACUACACACAUCAAAUUAGUUCGACUCUAGCAGUCUGCUCUGGAAGACGACAGUGACCUAACCAGCUACAGUAAAACACAGUGAUUCAUAUUUUAAUAAUUCGUGUUAGAAGUGCUAGGAGCUAGAGGGUGUGUACAUACAGUUCAGAGUAUAGGCUGCUGUGUAGUGUUUGUUUUAUAUUCUGUGGACUUCUUACCUACUAGUAACUAGGCCCAUGACUAGGAAAGGUCUACAACUCUACUGAGCCUGAGCUGCUCUUACUUACAGUGGGGACUUUCAAACUCUUCAUGCAAUGAAAACACACAAGACCAGCCUUUGGACUACCAUGAACUUACUGAGCAACUAGCUGAGACUAGCCAGUGGUUGAGGCAAGAGGAGGGCAGGAUGGAUGACCUGCGCAAAGAACUAGCUGUUCUCUUAAAGGGGAAGGGAAGAGAGGGCGAUGCUGUUCUUAAAAAGUUGGAGAAGAUUCAAAAUGAAGAUAAAAAACAUGCAGCUUCCCUGGAGAGUAUGGCCAAUGAGCUGCAGAUGAAAGUUAUCUCCCUGCAAGAAGAGAAGAACUCAUUGCUGGAUUCACUGAAACUAAAGGGAAUUAAGCCAGGCAAGGUGGAUAACUCUUCUUCUGCUAGUGCAGCCAGGGAAAAACAAGAAAAUCUAGAACUUAAGGCUGAGCUAACCAAGCUGAUUCAUUCAGAAAAUAAACUUAUAGAAGAGCGUAUCCACUUACAAGAUGAGUUGGAAGAUUGGAAGACUCAGUACGAGUACCUCAAACAACAGCUGGACAUACUGACCAAGUCACAGCCCACCCACACUGAAGACUAUUCCGUCAGAUCUGCCGCCAUUAACUCUUCUCUAACCAGAAAACCAUCCAAAUCCAAACCUCGAGGUGGCGAAUCCCCCAGCCAAUCAAAACGUAGAAAGAGCAGCCAGGAUGAGCCGAGCUCUAUGGACAUGAGUGAUGGUUUGAGCAAGGAAAGUUUUAUGAGGAGUUUUUCAAGUUGUGAAAACUUGCAGACAAUGACAGGAAGUGUGGGGGACACAGGAGACAUGAGAAGCCGAGUGAGGGUGCUGGAAAACGACUUGGAGAAAAUGAAAGAUGAGAACUACAACUUGAAGGAUCAGCUGAAGCAGUCAGUGCUGGAGAAAAGUUCUGAAGCUGAGGCUGACCAGCAGAUUUUGAUGGACAAGGUGCGGGGGCUGGAGGCCGAGCUGGACCUGAUGAAGAGGGAAAACGUUGCCCUGUCCCACAAGUUGAAGCAGAGGAUUGAAGAGUUCAACGACAGCCAGGACGAGAUGAACCCCAGGUUGUCAGAGCUGGAGGAAUAUUGUGAGGAUCUCCAGGAGAGGCUUCACGCGGCGGAGAUGUCGGAGCGCCAGAUGAGAGAGAAGCUGAGGCUUGUUGAAGGGAGUAUUGACGACGCUGAGACUAGCGAGCUGGCUGCUAGAGAGAAAUAUGAGGAACUCCUGGCUAGAGAUGCUGAAGCCAAGCAACACAUCCGUCAGCUCCAGAGGACAGGGCAUGAGUUGCGGGACCUGAUCCUGGAUAAGGACAUCAUGGAGCAGGCCUUAAGGGAUAAGGUUGACUUUUUACAAAAGGCUGAAGCAGCCUCAGUGAAGAGGAUAGAAGAGCUGGAGGCUAUAGAGAAGGAUCUGAGGGACCAACUGGAGAUGAAGCUGGAUUCUAAGAAUGUCUGCCAGAGGGAGGUGCACAAAAUUCAGGAACUCAAGCACCAGAUCACGUUUCUUGAGACAGACAACAAGGCUAUGUCGGCUCGUAUAGCGGAGCUGGAGGAGAAUGAGGAGACGUUGAGGGAAAACUGGAGACGGGUAGCUGAUGAGGACUUUAAUAGGACGCAGUCGUUAGAAGAAAAGGUCAAAAUGUUAGAAGGUGUGAACCGAGACCUUAAAGCCAAGCUGAUGGACGCCCAGGAAUAUUUUGUCAUCAACACAGUCCGGCCAACAGAAAACUCUUUGGCCGCCGAGCUGGCCAUGUCGCAGUCCAGACUUCGGGCCUCAGUGGACUCUGUGGACGGCUUUAAAGGAGAUGGGGAGGAGCCUAAGCCAGACCCAGAGAAGAAAACUUUGGUGGAGAAGUUGAGGAAGCUGGAGAGGAAGCUGAGUGAUGUCUCUGAGAAGAAGAACACAGAGAUUGAGACGCUACAGGAGAGGAUUGUUAGUCUUAGGGAAAAUGAGUUAAAGUUGAGUGAAACAAUAUCAGAGAUGGAGAUGACAGAAAGAGAGCUCAGAGCUAAGCUGGCUCUGUAUGAGAGUUCAGAGGUCACAGUGGAAAAGAUGCUCAAGUACCAGAGCAAGAUAGAAGAGCUGCGAACAUCUCAGGAAUCCCUGCUGGACCAGCUAGAGAGUAUGGAGAACCAGGAAAUGACCCUGCAGGAAAAAAUGCAGGAAAUGGAGAGAACUUUACGCGGGAAGAUUGUAACCCUUGAGGUUGAAAUGAAAGGCUUCAAACAAAAAGAGUUGAAACAUGCAGCAAGGAUCAGAGAGCUGGAAAAGUCUGAGAAAGAGCUGUCUGAGAAGAUGGCCCAGCAGGCGGAGAAGGAGAAUGGCCUGUAUGUCAAGAUCUCCUCACUCAUGGACCAGCUGAAGACGGCCAAAGAAAAGGCUGAGCACCUGCAGGUACAGCUGGCUGAUAAGGAAGACAAAGUCCGCAAGGCCCAGCUACUGGAUGUCAAGCGUGUCGAGGCUGAGAUGGAGUAUGGGAAAAAGGUCUCGGACAUGAGCACGAAACUAAGACACAAGGAGGAGGAGAUGAGGGUUAAGGAUGCGGCUCACAAGGAAGAAGUGGCCAAUCUACAAAGUGAAAUCUCAACUUUACAAGCGGAGUUGUCCAUCAAAGAAUCUGAGAAGAACCAGCGAAUCUCAAUUUUACAGCGAAUGUUUGCACAAAAGGAAAAUGAUUUGCAGUCUAAGAUUGCAAUUCUGGAAGAAAAUAAUAAGGAGCUGACUGCAGAAAAGUUGGAAUCUGAGACAGAAAUAAGAAAACUCAAAGAAAAUAACAGCGAGUUGUUGCAUAAAGAUACAGGGUAUGAAAAAGAAAUGGAUAUUUUAAGAGAAGAGGUCACAUUCAUACAAGCAGCUGAAAAAGAGCACGAGAAUAAGGUUGUCAUGUUGGAAGAGAACAUCAGGAAGGAGAGACACAGGGCUGAUGAGGCUGAGAAGAAAGUUGUCCUGCUGGAGAAAGAGGUGUCCCGCGAGAAGGACAAUGUCCUGGCUAUUGAGAGCAAACUGAUUGCACUGAAAGGUGAUAUAGCAGAGAAGAUGAGAAACAUUGAGUCCAGCUUCAUUGAGAAGGAGAGCGAGUACGAGAAGGAGAUCCAGAGUCUGCAACAGGAGCUGGACUUGAAAGCUGGGAGAGUCACGGAGCUGGAGAAGGAGCAGGUGGCUGCGGUCAAACGUGUGAAAGAGCUGGAAGCUGAGUGCGCUGAACUCAAAUCAAAGGCAGCAUCUAGUGAAUCUGGGGUCAAAGUUCAAAUGUUGGACCUGGAGAAACAGUUGAAGGAAAAAAAUAAAAUAAUUGAUGUGAUGAAAGAAUCAAAUGAUAGGAAAGAAAAGGAACUCAAAAGCCAGUUGGAUUCAAUAAAAGCUGAAAGUCAUUCUAAAGAGCAGGAAAUGAAUAAGAAAAUCACAUUCUUGAAUACACAGCUACUGCAAGAAGUGGCAACAAGAGAGUCAUUGGAGAACAGCAAAACCCAGUCUGAGAGCAAGGAGGUUAGUCAGCUAAAGAAUGAGGUUAGUGACUUAAAGAAGGAGGUGAGUGAGCUAAGGAAAGAGGUGGGUAAGCACAAGCAAGAACUAGUUCAAAAGUUGAAGGAGCUUGAAGAGAAGAACAGAGAGUUGAGUGAGCAGAGGCUGGAGCUGAGCAACAUGAAGCUCACCCACAAGACCCUACUGGCUGAUUUCCAAGACACUAAAGACAAACUCCUUGACACUGAGAGAAAAUUCCAGAAAAUUAUUUCUGAAAGGGACCAAGAAUUGCAGAGGGCACAAGCGGAAAUCAGCAAGCUGAGCACUGAGAAUUCCCAGAAAGAGAACCUACUUAAAAACAUUGCUCAAGAAAAAGAUAAAAUUAUUGAUGAAAAUCGUAGGGAACUAGACAACUUGAGAGAAGAGAGAAAGCAGAAGGAAUCCUUAGCUACGGAGCAUAUUCAGAAAAGUGAAUCUUUGUUGUUACAGAGUCAGCAGAGCCAUGAGAUGAAAGAGACAGAGCUGAAACGUAUCACAAGAGAAUUGGAGGAGAAGACAACACUGCUUCAAGAAUGCUGCAGAGAAAAAGAUUCUUUAGGGAUAAAAGUAGAAGAGUUGCAGGCACAAGUUAAAAACUUGGAGGGAAAAUUAUCAGAAACAUCACAAACAGCUGAAAAGAAAUCAUUAGAAGCUAAAAAAUAUGAAGAGAAUUUGGAGAAAUUACUCAAGGAACAAGCAAACAGCAAGUCAGAACUUAAAGAAAUGGAAAAGAAUGUAAAAGAAAACCAAACAGAAGUUGAAAAGAAAGCUAUAGAGCUGUCCAACUCACAGCAGCUGAUUUCAGCCAAACAGCUGGAGCUCGCACAGGCCAGAAGUGAACUACAGAAAUGUCUUGAAGAAAUAGAACAAAUCAAAAACUUGAAUCUAAAAGAAAAAGAACAAUUCCAACAGCAGGACCAGACUUAUAAAAAAAUGACAGCAGACUAUGAAGAACUGAGUCUGUUGUGUGAGGAGAAGGACCAGGACCAGAAACACCUGAAGGUCAAGGUUGCCGAUGUGGAGCUCAAGCUGGUGGAGGCUGAGAACAGGUACCGUGAGUUGGAGGCCAGGUGCGCCAGCCUGGAGAUGCAGCUGGAGGAGAGGUUCGCCCAGCACCAGGAGGCACAGAAGGUCAUCCAGAUGAAGGAGGAGAUGUGCCACAAGCUGGAGCACCAGCUGGAGGAGAGGUUCGCCCAGCACCAGGAGGCACAGAAGGUCAUCCAGAUGAAGGAGGAGAUGUGCCACAAGCUGGAGCACCAGCUGGAGGAGAGGUUCGCCCAGCACCAGGAGGCACAGAAGGUCAUCCAGAUGAAGGAGGAGAUGUGCCACAAGCUGGAGCACCAGCUGGAGGAGAGGUUCGCCCAGCACCAGGAGGCACAGAAGGUCAUCCAGAUGAAGGAGGAGAUGUGCCACAAGCUGGAGCGCCAGCUGGAGGAGAGGUUCGCCCAGCACCAGGAGGCACAGAAGGUCAUCCAGAUGAAGGAGGAGAUGUGCCACAAGCUGGAGCGCCAGCUGGAGGAGAGGUUCGCCCAGCACCAGGAGGCACAGAAGGUCAUCCAGAUGAAGGAGGAGAUGUGCCACAAGCUGGAGCACCAGCUGGAGGAGAGGUUCGCCCAGCACCAGGAGGCACAGAAGGUCAUCCAGAUGAAGGAGGAGAUGUGCCACAAGCUGGAGCACCAGCUGGAGGAGAGGUUCGCCCAGCACCAGGAGGCACAGAAGGUCAUCCAGAUGAAGGAGGAGAUGUGCCACAAGCUGGAGCGCCAGCUGGAGAGGAUUGAAACCGAUUACGAAGCAGCCACCACACAGGUGCAAGAAGCUGAGAAGUUCAUCAUCAACAGGGACAAGGACUUCAAGCAGUUGCAGUCACGUCUGGAGAUGGUAACCAAAGAAAAUGAUGAAAUCAAAACCAAGCUGAGAGAGAAGGAAGCUGAGUGUCAGAAAGUGAAAGAAGAGUUUUUUUCUCUGGAACAAGAGCACGAUCAAAUCAAGGUAGAGUCCCUGCAUCUGCAGCAUGCGUACACGGAAUCACAGAAAGGUCACCAGGUCAACUCCAGCGAGGUGAAGCACCUCAAGGAUCAGCUGGUUGCUCUACAGUCUGAGUGUAAGGAGAGGAAAGCCAAGCUUGAGGCCACUGAGGAUCAGCUGCUUCAGGUCACUUCUAGCUGCAAGAAGCUGGAAGCUGAGCUGAAGGUACAGACUGAUCACGCUGUAGCUUUACAAGAAGAUGUGAGAGAUUUAGAGAAGAAAUGGAAGGAGACAGAAACAUUGCUCAAGUCAAGUCAGCAGAGCUUGAAGUCUUGUGAGAGUCAAGUUGCUAAGAAAGAUGAAGAAAUAAAAAAAUUGAAAUUUAACAUUAAUGGGAAGGAUGUGCUGAUCACUGAAUCAAAAUCAGAGUUAGCCAAAUCUGAAGAAAGUCUCAAGUUUUCUGAAGAAAAGUGUCAAAAACUGAAUGAAAAGCUGAUCCGAGCUGAGGAGAAACUUGCAGAGAACAGCCAGCUGAUUCCAGAACUUACCAGCAGGAUCUCCACUGUUGAAGCUGCUCUCAAGGAGAAAGAGUCAUUCUGCAGAGACUCCCAAAGUGGCUUGAGCUCUUUAGAGCAGCAAUACAUGGAGGCAAAGGCUGAAUGUGAGAGACUCAGGUCUGAAGUAAUCCACUUGCAGAAGCAGGUUGAUACAACGCGGAUCACUUGUGUUGAAGCUGAAUCAAAUUUAAAAGAAGUUAAAUUCAAUUUAAAGAACUCUGAAAUUUCUUUGUUAGAAUCCCAGAAACAUGUUGUUGAAUUAGAAAACACAAAUAAACAUUUAGUUUCUCAAUUGGAGCAUUUAUCAAAAACAGCAGCUGACUGUGAUAAAAAAGUUGAGCAUUUGAAAGAAUCUGAAGAGAAAUAUCUCAAGGCCAUCUCAGAGCUUGGUGACCUCCGCACUCAGGUAUCUCACGAGGUGCAGAAGUGUUCCCACCUGGAGACCCAGCUCACCCUGGUGAGGCAGGAUGCAGAAAGCAAGUCCACAGCUCUUGUUCACUUAGAGUCUUCCAAUGCUGAACUUGUGUCUGCUGUACAAGGACUGGAACAGGCCAACGCUGGUCUAAGGUCAAGGCUGCAGGAAAUGGAAUCUAAUCAUCAGAGUAAUGAAUCUCAUUUUAACCAGCUGGAGGAGACCAAUCAAAACCUGGCUGGUAAGUUGUACAAAUUGCGAGAAACUUUCAACGACUGCACAAAUAGAUUAGCUGCGGCGGAAGAAAAUAAUUCCAAAUUAAAACGUGAAAGGGAUGAAGCUGUGAGCAGAGCUGGGGACCUCAGGGAACAAGUCAGACAACUCGAGGCUAGGAAGAAAGAACUGGAAGAAAAAGUGGAACUCUUCAAAGCUGAAAACAUGAAAACUCAAGAGUUAGAAAAAUCCUACUCUCAGGCUGAAGAUAGCAGAAGUCAACUUGAAGAAAAAAUAAUUCAACUGGCUCAAGAAGUUUGUGACCUAAAACAGGAAAAAGUUGUUUUAGAGGAUAAGUUACGUGAGACAGAGAAUAAAAACAUAGCACUGUCAAAGGAGGUGUCUAGUUUAGAGGGACAUCAUGAGGAAACUCUGUCCAAGAUGGAGCAAAUGAAACGUGACAUUGAAGCUUUCAGGGCUAAAGAUAGAACUAAUGAAGAUAAGCUGAAAAUGCUAGAAAAGAAUUUGAAAGAACUGAAAGAUAAAAAGUUGAGUGAGAGAGUGGUUGAGCUUGAAUCAAAAGAGAAACAGUUGCUUGAGCAGAUAGCUGACAUAGAGAACACCGUCAUAGUCCCACUAGAGGCUGAGAACCAGGAGCUGAAGGAUGAGCUGAGUGUGGUGAAGCAGGAGAGGGAUGACGCCAUCUCUAGAGCCAGCAGGUGGGGAGAGGAUGAAGUGGACAUGGAGAGUCUGCACAAAAGUCUGGAAGAUUCUCUCAUCCACAGAGAUGAGCUGGAGAAAAAGCUGAACAUUUUGAAUGAGGAUGUGGCCAAGCUUGAAUCAGAGAAAGAGAGUUUGAUGAAGCAGGUGUCUGAUUUUGAGAGCAGUGUCAGCGAGUACAAGGACAAGAUCGAGCUGCUGGAGGAUGAGGUGGAGAGGCUGCAUCACUUUGAGAAACAGAGCUCAGUUGUGGAAGAGGCUGAGACACGCCUCAUGGACAGGGUGCUGGACUUGGAGGAGAGGGAACAGAUGCUUCUUGCAGAGUUGGACAAGUAUAAACACAGGAAAGUUAGUUCUGUUGCUGUACAGACAGAGGAACUUAGUCAUGAAGAUCUUGCUGAUAGAUUGAAAUACCUAGAGCAGAAGAAUGAAGUACUGCAAGAUGCUGAAGGGAAGUACAUGGAUAAAAUUAUGGAACUUGAAGAGACACAGUACAGGCUACAGGCAGAAGUUCAGAGUUUAAAAAGUGGUGGAGGCAGUGAACAACCAAUCCUGUCUGUAUCAGCAAGUGCCACGUCAACUACUGCUGUGCUGGACAAGGCUGCAGACAUGAGAUGUGUCUCCACAGACACUGUUGGUUUACUCUCAGCCUCCGUGCAAACAUUCGCCACAGAUGAUCUGUCACUCCACUGUACAGAUCUAGAAUCUCAGAACCAGAAGCUGCUUGUAGAACUUGAGGAGAAGUCUCAGAAGGUUCAGUACCUGGAGAACAAGAUCGAGCUGCUGCAUGAGUCAGAGGCCAGGCUGAUGGACAAGCUGGAAGAAUCUGUUGGAGCUGGCGUCAGCGAGGAUGUCAGUGAGUUGAAGGGGAAGAUCACAAACCUGACGGAGGAGAACGAAUUCCUGGCUGAAAAUGUGGAGAAGUAUAAGCAGCUUUAUAAAGAGGAGAAAGAGAAGAUGAACGAGCUGCAGGACAGGCUGUUAGAGGAAUCUUCGUUGUACCAAGAACUUCAGGAAAAAGAUAUGGAGCUUGAGUCUGUGCAAAAAGUGCUGGAGGAGCUUGAGGAUAAAGUCUCAGAGUUACAAGCACGUUCAAGGGAGCUUAACAGUCAGCUGGACGCAGCCAGACAAGAUAACACUGAGCUGAGGAUGAAGCUGGAGCAGAUCUCCACAAACAAACAAGCUUCCAAAGAGGAAGAGCUGCAGCAGCUGAAGAAAGAAAUGACUCAGCAGUUUGAGAUGAGAGAACAGGAACUGUGCAGGGAAAUCCAAAACUUGAAGCAGCAUGAAGAAGAGUUGCAGAUCAGACAUGAUCAACAGAUCCAGAGAUUGAGAGAGGCGGCAGAGAGUGUCAGUGAGAGAGAACAAGGACUGAUCAGAGAGCUGGAGGCUUUAAAGCUCCAGCUGGGGGAUCAGGAGAAGGAGAUGAUCCAGCUACAACAAAGGGAGGUUAUUCUACUCAAGAAAGUCGACAGCAUGGAGAAGCAGGAUCUGAACAAUAAGUUAUCGUCCCUUGAAGAUUCAGUGCAGUCUGACUCGGGCUUGUCUGCUGAUGAUCAGAAAUUCAGAUAUGAUCAGUUUGAAAGGGACUUGAGAGAAAGAACAGCAACUCCUGCCCAAGAGAUCUUCAGCUCUAGAGUUACACUGAGCCUAUCCAGACCCGGGGUUCAGUCCCCUGACCCACAGCCCAGCCACACAACCACCCCUGUAGCCCCGCCCCGCAAGAGCAAAUCCAGACAAGCCUCCAUUGACAGCACCUCACAGGAGGAGUUGUCUCAGCUUGUGGACGAGCUACAGCACAAGGUCGCUGCACAAAAGAAGAGGAUCCUUGACCUUGAGUCCGCAGCAGAUGCUGACCUGUACGGGCGGGUGCAGGAACUAGAGUGUAUGAACCACAACUUGGAGCGCAGGCUGCGUUAUGCUGAGGGGCUGCGUCUGUCGUCAGCGGAGGAGGGCAAGUACUCAUCCUUCUACCUGAGUGGGGACAACAACAACAACAACACAGAGGCCUCCGUCAAGAGGUCAUCGUCCUACAACAUGCUGGACAAGCCGGAGGACAUUUUACAGCAGAAGAUCAGAGAUCUAGAGAAUCUGGACAAGCACAACAAAAAUCAGUUGUCAGAGCUGGAACAUGACAGGGAAAUCCUGCAUGAGAUUGCCAGGAAAGACAAGUCAACCAUCCACGACCUGCAGGUCAAGAUCCGUGAACUCCAGCUCACAGAGCGCAGCUUAAAGGAACAGGUCAAUAGCCUAGAGAACUCCGAAGGCUCACUGUUUACAAAAUGUGAAGAACUGACCUCAGUCAAGUCCCAGCUGGAGGAUCGUGUCCAUGAGCUGGAGAUCCACGAGCGCCGGCUGCGAGAGCUGGUGAGACGUCUGAAGCUGGACGAGGAGCACUGGCUGAGCAAGUCUGGGGGGAUGGAGACCGCCGUAGCGGAGCUGUCGGCCAGCGAGACCCAGCUGAGGAAGUUGCUGCAGAACAUUGAGAUGGAGAAGGGGGGGCUGUCUGAGAGGGCCAGGUACCUGGAGGCCAGGGUGGGAGAACUGGAGACUGUUGAGCUGACCCUGCUGCAGAAGUUGAAGAAUUUUGAGAUCAAUGAGGUGACAUUGAAGAACAGGUUGGUCCAGCUGGAGAACUCAGAAGCCGCUGCACACAGUAAAGCCACAGAGCUGGACGUGGUCAAUGUGGACUUGUCCCAGAGGCUACAGAAGGCUGUGGAGGAAUGUGCCAUGCUGAGUCAGCAUGUUUCACAGUUACAGGGACAGAUUCAAGAUUUAGACAGACGUCUGCUAUCUUCAAAAGAUUCAGAGCUUGCAUACAAGCACCACGUUGAAAGUCUACAGAAGAAUGAAAGUUUGUUGCAGAAGAAAGUACGCGAGUACGAGUUGCGAGAGAUAGACAGUCAGGCUAGCGUGAGAGAACUAGAACAGAACAAUCGUAUCCUCAAUGAUAAAUUAGGAGCUCUUCAGCGCUCUGAGAAUAAAUUAAAGUUUCGAGUCCAGGAGUUGGAAGGAUUAACUGGCCAGGUGCCAGGAGAGUUAAGCCCGGAACAGAAGAAAAAAGUUCCACAGAAACUUGAAGAUUGCCAAAAGUUUGUGAUUGCUCUACAGAAACAGGUGGAGAAUCUUCAGCUACAGUUACGGGAGGCCGUGACACCCAUACAGCUUGCUUCACAGACAAAAGAGAGUGGUAGAGUUUCUCUCCCUGUAGAUGAAUACAAUGAGCUACAGACCAAGUCUGUGUUGCUGGAAGAAUCCACGUAUCAGGUUGAAGAGUUGGAGCAGCUACAUCAGCAGCUUAGUGACACCAUACUACAGCUGAGGCAAGGCAAGGAUGCUAGUGGCCAUGAGGUAGAGGUUGAAGUCUUAAAGAGGAGAUUAAACUCUUAUAAGACUUUAAUUAAUAAACUGAAGUCUAGUCUGUCCAAGGGGCAGGCGACCUCUUUGUUGGAUCCUGAACAAGAUUCAGGUCCGCUGGGUUCUACCCUUCCAGCCCAUCCAACCCAUGGACUGGAAUCAGAGAGAGUCCUUCAGGCAGUUCGCAGCAAUCAAAAUGGAAAGGCUGACACCUCUAAAGUGGGAGGUGCCCAGCUAAUUGGUCCUCAAACACAGGAGAUUUCCAUAGUUCAGUCAACAGACAAGUCCAGCUUGUCUUCACCCCCAGCUAACUCGCUGGGAGACGUGAUCAAAAAAUUUGAACAGCCCUUAAGCAGGGAGGAAUCUCAUUGGAAAGCUAUAGAGGCCAGAAAACCCAAAGAAGUGGCAGGUUUACGGGGAGAAACCAAAGCCACGGUGGGGGCCGCGGCCAAGCCAGUCGCGACCCCCGGCAGCAAACGCAGCUCAACUCCUGAAGUGGGAGAGGUGACGAUCGCCCUCCACCUUCAGUCUGAGAGUGAGCUGAGCAGCCACCACAGAACUACGCAGAAUGACACGGACUCUUGCGACAGCCCUGUCCCGCCACCUCGACGUGGGCGCGUGUUCAGGGCCGGCAAGAACAGCGGCAGCGAGAGCCAGUCGGCCGAGUCCGACGACCUCGCCAAACCCGCUACAGCUGCGAACAACAAACAUUAUUUCGGUAAUGAAAAAUCUCUGCCUACCUCGGCCAACACCUCACAGCGAACUCGACGAGCACCCUUGACCCGUUUCGGAGAUGAUUCCUUCUACCUGCCCAGCUCAGCACAGGAAGGUGUGGACAGCUUAGACGACGGAGAGGCCCCGCCCCUACCCAGUACAGAACCACCAGGGGUCGUCAAGGCCAGGUCGUCUCAAGUCUUGACCCAACCUUUGAAGCUGGACAUGGAGGAUUCAGUGGAGAGUUCCACAAGUGGAUUGAGUAUCCGAGAACGGAUAGCCAUGAUAGAGAAACAACUUCAAUCUGAUCACAGUGGUAGCAAAGCUGAUUAUGAACAAAUUUUAACAAGGAAGAAAAGGCCUAAUGACAAUCUGAAGCAAGCUGAAGCCCAAGAGAGGGACAACAAAUAUCUAAAAGAUGAUUUGCCCCCUGCCUACAGGAGAAAGGAAAAGAUCAACAGACUAGAGAGGGAACUUGAAGAAAAACGUCGCUUCAUUCAUUUAGUAGAACUCUGGCUUUCAAACCUUGAGGAGCUGCUCAAAAAUAAGACAAAACAAACUGACAGGGAAAUGCUGGAGUGUUUACAGAGAGAUUUGACAAAAUUACGAACUGAGUUAAAAAAUGUUGGGUACCGCAGCCAGGAUGCUGUGCUUGAUGCAGCCGCACUAAAAACAGAGCUGGAACAUAGGGACAGGGACAUUGUCACCAAGAGACAUGAAGUUGAGGCUUUGAGCCAGGAACUCCGGCGCUGCCAGGAGGAAUGUCUGUCCAUUGAAGGCAUGAGGCGGACAGCUCUGGACUCUCUGAGGUCACUAGAGAAGGAGGUCAUUGACCUACAGGAAACCGAAGUCCGGCUAAAGGAGGCGCAGGUGGAGAUUCAGACUCUCAGACUUCAGAGUGAGGAUAAAAACAAUGAGCUCAACGAGGUGAUCAGGGAGAAGAAUGAGUUUGAGUUCACCUUGAAGAAAACUAUUUUAGAGCGAGACCAUUUAAAAUGUGACCUGAACGUGGCCACGGAGGAAAGAGAAAAACUUUUGUUGACAGUGGAGGAGAUGAAAGAGAGGCUGGAAGUCACAGCUGGACUGGGGCCUAAAAACUCCAGCCUAGAAGAACAGCUGAAGAGUUUGAACAGUUUACUCCAAAUGAGGACUGAGAAAACCCAGGAGGUUUACACCGAGAACCUGAGUCUCAGAGACCGUCUGCAUCAGAGUGAACUGGAACUUAUUCGGCUCCGGAAUCUUUGUGAUGAUUACAACAACCUCUCUGCCAGGUAUGAUGAACUAGAGAACUACAAGAGCCAGGCCCUCAACAUGCUACAACCUCUGCAGGCCAAGCUGGACAGGCUGACACUACUGGGGAUGAAAAAGGAUGACCUACUUAACCGUCUGAGAUCAGAGCUGAGACAUGUGACCUACAGACCAUCAAGUGCACUCCAUGACCUCAUGCAUAUGGACCACAUUGAUGAGCAGGGGGAUUACAGAGGGUUUUCACCAUCUUCCUCCCCACCACAAAGACACAAGAUCUACUCCAGGUCGGCGUCAGUAGAUGACCUUGAACUGAGUGACACAGGGUCCAGCAACUCUGUACCAGGGAUGAAGAAGAAACGUCCGAGCCCCUACACUGGCACCAGGCCGCGGUCAGCGGACAACAUGACCACUGGUUCCAUGGUUCGUGGGACCCAUGCACACCCACGUCCUCUUCAUGGAACCAGGCGGUCAGAACCACCGCUGGCCUGGCCAGGGGUCACCAGAGGUCAGUUUAUUGCACUGGCGGACUACGAGCCAGCUUUGUUCUCCCAGUCAGGUCGACCUGGUCUGGAGCUCCAGCUGAGGGAAGGUGAUUGUGUUAUAGUGACAGGCCCAAUGGACAGAACUGGCUACUACGAAGCCGAGGUCAACGGCCGCACUGGACUGGUGCCGGCCAACUACCUGGAACCCUUGUCUGGCAGCGAGCACAUGAUUGACUACAACAUGGAGCCCUGGCUGUUGUCCAGUCCAGCCCAGGUCAACAUGACCAGUCUAGCCCAGGUCCCAGAUACAAAGGUGAAGGAUGGAACUUUUACCAGGCAUAAGGAGACCAACAACAAGAAGAUCGGCACAGUUAGUCAGAACGGUCAAAGUUUCUCCAUGCCUGACCCUCCCCAACACCUCCACGUUAAGGGCGUCGGCAAUGACAGGACUUUAUUGCUGUCCUGGUCACCCCCCAAGUUGGACAAGCGAGGCAACACAAAUGGUUUUAAACUGCUGGGUUACAUGGUGUACUUGAACAACCAAGCCUACGAGCAGAUUUCAUCCCCCAAGCUGUGUGAGGUUGUGGUGGAAGGUCUAACCCCAGGCAGUCACCAGCUCUUGGCUGUCCAGUGUCUGUGUGCAGGCGGUCAGGUCUCUCCCAGGGCGGAGUUGGUGCUGGAGGGUGUGGUCAAGCUGAUGGACAGCCAGGCUUACACUGAGCCAGCAUCUGAUGCCCCGGACACGGACCUGUCCUCCGUGCUCAACAGUGUCCACUACAAGCGGGGUCAUAGGAAAGCAGUGAUGGCCCUGUACGACUACAGCCCCAAACACCAGUCACCACAUGACUACACAGUAUUUGAGCUGGCCUUCAUGGCAGGGGACAUAAUCCAUGUGUACGGCGAGCCUAGACCUGAUGGAUUUUACCACGGAGAGAUGGAUGGCAACAGAGGUUUAGUUCCAGCCUGUUUUGUUGAGGACGUAUCACACAUGACAAAUUCUAUGCAGAGAGGUGGCAGAGAGUCGGAGCCCAGGGUUGACACAACAUCCUGAUAGUGAAUGAGAUAACACAAGUGGCCCUGUGAUAGAUUCUAACUGUACUCACUGUUUAACCUGCCAGUUUGGAUUUUUUUUAUUUUUAAACAUUUUCACAUCAUUCAUUUUGUUCACAGCAUUCCCUCCCUUGGUCACCAGACACAUUUGUUUUUAAUUAAGUUCCUGCUAGCCUGUUUGUAUAUAUUGUACAUACAUCAUUGUUUACAUAACCUCAUGUCUUAGCACAGAAUACGAACUUCUCUCUAUGACUGUGAUAGCAAUGCUACUUAAUCUGGCAUCACCCAGUGUAAAAAAGGUGACGCCAUAGGACUUCUAACCUUCUGUAUUUACUGAACUUUUUAUAUUGUGAUGACAUCAAUGCUAUUUAAGUUAAACUCAAAUGUCUAACAACUGCCAUAAGUUAUUGUACAUAGUGUGUAUGGUUGCAGAUCAAUUUUUUUUCCUAUGCAAAAUUUUGUUGAUAUGUUUUAUAUAUCUAUAAUAAAGAUUUGAUAA